AUGGAGGCCGCUCCGCUUACUCUUGCCCACACCCACGCACGAAAUGCGGUGCUCGAGACCCGGAAAGCUAAUCCUGUCGCAGCGAGUGAAGAGCAUGAUCUUGCCGCUGGCGAAUUUGCAGCAGCAGCUCACAACAGCACCGACCAGGAGGCUCUGCGGACCCUUCAACUGCUCGAACAACACCAUAAAAAACUGGCUGAGAUCCUGAGGUUUCAACACGAACAUCCUGCCCAUACACCAGACGCGCAGGGUGCUACAGCCUCUCCGAACCCGGUUACUCCAUCCUCUACGGAUGCUGGAAAUACGAAGGCGGGUGUUCCCUCUAACCAGGAUGCCCAAAGCCAACCCCCAAGGCUUCCCGGAAAUCCUCGUAUGUUAAGCCGAGAGUCAUCAUCAAUCGCUAGUAACUUAGCAUCAGCUCGAGGUAUUCCAUCUCAACCCCGUGGAUCGCCAGCCUCACCAACACUCUCAGCACACCAAGCUGGAGCUAAAAUGUCAGAGGGGCCAUCGAAAAUCAGGACCGGAGAGGCACGAUUGCGGGAUGUCCCCAAUAGGCAGCGCUCUAACCGAACAACAACAGCUAGACAGCCCUGGUCGCCUCCAUUGCCCAGCCCCACCGAUGUUACCGCUCAACAAGUCGUUCCUUCGGAGUCCAGCGAGGCUUCGCAUCGUAAAACGAAACCCCCGGCAGCCGACGAGCCAUUCCAACGAUUCUAUUCUACGUUCGAGGGACUCAUCUCCAAAAUAUCCGCACCCCUGGCAUUUGCAGGCCUACCUCUUGGAACAGGAGACGCUGGACAACAGCCCGGCACCUCAAAUCGCAAGUCUUCUGCCGAGACGAAGCUGGAUUAUCAACACGCGACUUCCGAUAAAGGUAACACAUUCGCUGAGCCAGAUGUGAACCGUCUAUUCUCCAGGGCUGCAUUGCGAUCGAUUCGGGAGAAUCCAGGGGCUUUUACCGGGAAUACGGCAGAGUCCUUUUAUGUUGUCCCUACAACCGGUGGAACGAUGUCCUAUGCAGGUAUCCUGACACGAGCCGAGAAAGAAGGGCGCCGAAGCAGCUUAGAUGAAGGCGAGGAUGAUUUUGUGGACGCACGAGAAACCCCAUCCUCACCCGAGAUGCGCCAGAGCGCCGGUAGCUCCAACAACCGGGCCAAGCGCCAAGGCACUGGAGACAAACUUACGAGCCUGCAAAAUCCUAAGACCCUGGAAGAACUUCAAAUGGAGAAUCAAGCACUGAAGCAUUUGUCUGAUGAGCUCUCGAAACGACUUCAUAUGUGGGAAGUCAAUGCACAAUCAUCUUCUAUGGCUUUACAGCAAUCAUUGCGAGCAAUUCACCAAUCUCCUGGCUCACAUGGUCCUUCUGGAAUACCCUCUCCAGUAGCUCAGAUGUCUACUGCGCCUGCCACGUCGGACUCAGCUGACAGAGUAAAGGAACUAGAAGACAUUGUUCGACGCGGCGAACAAGAACUAGAUCGGUUGGGACGAGACAAUGAUAAAUUGAAUAAAGUCCUUGGGCGAUACCGAGACCGCUGGGAGAAACUUAAAGAAGGAGCAAAAACACGACGUGCGGGAGGCCAAUCUGCUGAUGGUCAAUCCAAUCCACCAACGCCGGUUCUGAGCUCCAGGACUCCUAAUACUCCGCUCUCGCCACAGCCAGAUUCCGACUCGAACGAUAUACCAGCUACCCCAGUGAUCUGA